AUGCUCAUUUUUACAGGUAUUAAAAAGUUAUUACGGUCUCCCCUUUUGGAUCAGUUUAAAAAAGCUUGUAAUUAUAAUAGGUAUUAUGAUGCUAUCUCAUUAUUUCAUAAAAUUUAUGGACUGAAGGUGAAACCUUUGAUUUCCGUCAACACAAUUCAGUGUGUCUAUUCGAUAUCAAAAUUCUAUAAAGAAAUUGCGAUAUUCAAACUAAUCCAGAAAGCUAUUGAUUGUGAUGAUUCUGGAAAUGCCUGUUAUUUGCUUUCGUUAUCAUAUAGCCAUAAUCAAAGAAUCAAGCUAUUGUAUGAUCCAUCAAAGAGAGACCAUAGCCAAAGACAGGUACUCGAUACUAAUUUGACCAGUUUAAAGGUCUCUGGAAACUCUAGGAUUAUUGAAAAUCUUUUAGUGAAGGCUAUCUCCCUCAAUCAAUCGGAAGUAGUGGAAAUGAUUUACGCCAAUGAAACCCUUUCAAAGCACAUUAAUGGGAGAGAUGGAAUUGUGUCCUUGCUAAAUACACUGAUGAAAGGCAAAAACCUCACGGUAUUAGAGUGUAGAGGUGGAUUAGAGAAAUUGAUGCAUUUAUUUGCUUGCAACUCUCACAAUAACCAGAAAUUACUACUUGAUGUAUUGAUAAGAUACCGAGAUGAACAUGAAUAUUACCCUAAUAGAAAGACUCAGGUACUAUACAUUUUGGAAUCCCACUUAUCACAGGGAACUAUGAAAGAGCUUUGGUUUAAUAUUGACCACAUCAACUCAAAUUAUUCUAGACACUUUGAUGUUUCUUACCGCGAUAUUUCCCAAAUGAUCAACGAUAAUUUGUUUCAUAAAUUUUCAAAAGAGAGGAACGAUACUGGAUCUCCAAGGAGUCAAGCAUACAAGUUCAUUCAAAAUUUGUAUGAUGAGAUUUAUCCUAAUAUUAAGGAGCCCAAAAGCAAAUUAUUAUUCGUAAUGUCAUUGCUUGGAUUUCAAUCUCACUUAUACUCUAAAAACUUGAGCAAUUUUAAUGAUUUUACUAGAAAUUUGGUCAGGAUUGCUGGAAAUGAUGAGGUAUCGUUUUCCAAAUAUAUAACGAACAGCACAUUCAUAGAUCUCAUCAUUCAGUCAUGUCAUAAGAUGAAUUCCUUAAGAGGCUCAGUUGAAUUAUUUUUGAUAUUGAAGAAACUUAAUAAAUUAGAUAAUCACAAUUUUCCAAUAACCGAGAAACAGUUUCUAGUAUUUGUACGAAUUUUGCUUAAGAAUAUCCAGAAAUUGGAAGAUACUGCUAUGGGAAUGAAAUUGUUAUUAUAUUUUUUGAUCAAUUACUUCUCAAGAUACCAUACCUUGAGUUCAGAAAUCUAUAUUACAAUAUUGAAAACACAAGAUUCUCAAUUAAUUGAUGCUGUCCAUCAUUUAAUUAUUAACAAGGAUAGGGAUUACGAUCACUUACUUGAUAUAUAUUCCAUUAAGGAAUCAGAAUUUACAACCAUGAAUGAUAAUUUGGGAUUAGAUGAUAGUGUGCACCGAAUCUUGGGUCUAUUUCAGAAAUUUUCGGAUUUUGAUAAAAAUAUAUGA